AUGGCUGCUCCUCAAAGAGCGAUCGAUUACAAGAAGUACAUGGAGCGGCUUCAGUCCUGGGAUAUCGCUUCUAUGUGGCUCGGUGAGAGGCAGGACGAUAUCCAGGACUGGUGGGACUUCUGUGGACCGCAACUGGUAACACUCGCCCAUGAAGCCGGCUACAGCCCUGUGGCCCAGAUUGAAAUACUUCUCUUCUUUCGCUCAGUUAUUUUACCAAAUAUUGGACGUUUCCCUCACACUUGCCGUCCAAUUGCGUGCGCCCAAGCCCGAAGCAUACUCACCUAUGACGGGUCUCCUAUUGAGUAUAGUUGGAGAUGGAAUGUUUCUGCCAGCGACCAUCCCCAGAUCCGUUUUUGCGUCGAGCCAGCGGGACAUAGCUCAUGUGCCACUGGGGCCGUGGGUAGUAAGCUUCGUGCUACUGAUGCCAUCCUGGCACAACUUGCAAAGAGGCUGCCGCAUCUAGACCGUGAAUGGUACUAUUAUUUCCUGGAUUCCUUGCACAUCGGCCGUUGGAUAGAUAGUUCUCACCAUGACGAUGCACACCCAUGGCAGGGACGAGUGCCACGGGUGCCCGUUGCCUUUGAUUUUACGCCAAAAGGAAUCUCCACUAAGGUGUACUUUACUCCACCGGCCACACCUAACAAUAUGACCUCUUUCAACACUAUUGCGGAUUCCGUGCGGCCAAUUUGUCAACAGGACACUGCCGCCCUGGACGAGUGUAUGGCAUACUUUGCCAGCGACCCGGUUGGGGCUACUUUGCGACCGGACGUCGUGGCCAUUGACUGCGUCUCGCCUCUGAAAUCACGUAUCAAGGUCUAUGCAGGAACACCAAUGACCGCGUUCACGAGUGUCGUAUCCGUGAUCACGUUGGGUGGUCGGAUCCCAAUACCUCAAAGUUCCAUUGAUGAGAUGUGGGCCUUGUUCCGCAUGGUCCUCGCUCUUGACGACAAUUUCUCGCGAGAUGAGGAACUACCCGUGCAGAGUCCAUUCCAACCCAGCCGCGCACACCGCGAAGACUACUAUAGCGGCUUACUCUACUACUUCAACCUUGCAUCGGGAUCAGAGUUACCUGAUGUGAAGCUGGACAUACCCGUGAUCCGAUACGGGCGCUCAGACGAAGAUAUUGCGCACGGGCUCCAACAAUUUAUGAUCUCGAGGGGGCGGGGACAAUAUGUAGACGGAUUCCAGCGUGUUAUGGAGAUAAUUAACCAGAGGCAUCAGCCCGGAAAUGGGCAUCGUGUGCAAACAUAUAUCUCAUGUUCGAUUGAGAAGGAUGGUUCUUUAUCAUUGACCUCGUACCUCAAUCCCGGUGUGUAUUCCUCAUCUGAAGCAGCCGAGGUUUAG